AUGACUACGUCGAAUUUCAAUACCAAUCCUUUAAAUAUGAUGACAAAUCAACCAAAUCGUAAAUCUACUGAUCUAUUAGCUAAAAUUCGUCCAAUAAAACUCAAGAAACCAGAUCUUGUUCAGCCACUCUCUCGUCCUAAUACAAUUCAAAUAUCGUCUGGAUUCAAAAUUCCUAAUACACGAAUUCAAUCAAAUGACAGUCCAUCAUAUGAACCGUUGGUAACCAUUAGUGACAAUGAUGAAACUGAUGGAGAAGAUUUUAUUUCGCCAAUACAAAAAUUAACAAAAGAAGAACUACGUGAAGAGCUAAACGCAUUUCAAUCAACGACAACGAAUACUUCCACUCAUGCUUUACUUACUAAUGAUAAUGAUGAUGACACAGGUGAAUUACAAUUCCGUUCGCAACAACAAGCCAAACGUUCUAAUUGUUGUUAUCGAUUUUCGAUUUCUUUCGAAGAUAGUUCAUGUAUAAUGUUGUGA